UUGUCCGCUAGUGAUUUUAUGAUUUCGGCACUAGAUAAAUGGUUCCGUCCACACUUAAGGUUCCAGUGUGUGAAACGCUUCUGUUGUCAUUUCUUGAAUUUUAAGUCUUGGUUUUUAAGCUCAAAAAAAGAUGAAGAACUAUGAUAAAUAUCGAUUACAUUUCCGCAUGAUAAAUGAGCAGCAAGUGGAGGAUAUCGGUCUUGAUUUCUUCUACAAGCCUCACACAAUAACUCUCUUGGCAAUCACUGUGUUUAGCCUUAUGUACUUUGCAUUCGCCAGGGAUGAUCAAAACUAUGAAAAUAACCUCCGCGUGGGACUAUUAGUAGUUGUUUUCUUUUUCUUGGUCAUCAGUGUCCUUGCAUUUCCCAAUGGGCCCUUCACCAGGCCACAUCCUGCAAUAUGGCGAAUGGUUUUUGGUCUCAGCGUGCUCUACUUCCUGUUCCUUGUGUUUCUCCUUUUCCUCAACUGGGAUCAAGUGAAGACCCUCAUGUAUUGGUUAGACCCAAAUUUGCGUUAUGAGAAACGAGAAGCUGACAUUAUGGAAUAUGCUGUAAACUGUACAGUUAUAACAAAGGAGCGCAUCCUGAGCCACUUGGACAUCUUUGCAUUUGGCCACUUUGCUGGAUGGGCAAUGAAGGCUCUGCUGAUUCGCAGUUAUGGUUUGUGUUGGACCAUCAGCAUCACAUGGGAACUAACCGAGCUGAUCUUCAUGCACCUUCUACCAAAUUUUGCCGAGUGCUGGUGGGAUCAGGUCAUCCUGGACAUUCUGCUUUGUAAUGGAGGAGGCAUCUGGCUGGGCAUGACUGUUUGCCAUUAUCUGGAGAUGAGGACCUACUCCUGGGCGAGCAUCAAGGAGAUCCACUCAACCACAGGGAAGAUAAAACGGGCUGUACUUCAGUUCACUCCAGCCAGCUGGACUUAUGUCCGCUGGUUUGACCCUAAAUCGUCCUUCCAAAGGCUGGCAGGCAUCUAUCUUUUUAUGAUCCUGUGGCAGUUGACGGAGUUGAACACAUUUUUCUUGAAGCACAUCUUCAUCUUUAAAGCUUCUCAUCCUCUGAGCUGGUGUCGUAUCCUGCUUGUGGGAAUCAUAACUGCGCCCACUGUACGACAAUAUUAUGCAUACUUGACUGACACUCAGUGUAAGCAGGUGGGAACACAGUGUUGGGUGUUUGGAGCCAUUGCUUUCCUGGAGGCUCUAGCUUGUGUUAAAUUUGGCCAAGACUUGUUUUCCAACACCGAAAUUUACUACGUGCUCCUGUGGCUGUUGUGUCUGGCACUCAUCACACUUCUAUGUCUAUCUGGCAUGGUAUGGUAUGAACAACAAAAAAUGAAGAGGCAAUUAUUGCAACGUGAGGACUCCAAUGACAGCUGCCCUGUUGAAUCGUGCAAUUCUGCUUUACUCAACUUUGCAGAUCAGAGGGAUUCUUUGAGAAAACUCCAAUCAACAAAAUCCAAGAGGACCUCAGCUAGAAAGAGAACUAAUGGGAGAGAAGACAAAAUCUAACAAAAAGAUUAACUUUCUCUCUGAUGAUGUAAAAAAAAA